UUUAAAUAUAAACCCAGAUAAAAAAGAACAAGAGGGGAGACGUCUAUACGUACAUUAUAGACAUCGAUAUUGCAUUGGUCAACAACCUAGCAGGCCAGGAACUUUACUUCUUGGAGCUUACGGUUGACGAGAACAGCAGUGUCGAUACACGACCAAACGGAGAGAGAACUAUUGUGCAAAUAAUUGUAGAAUACAGCACGGCGAGUGCAGGAUUACACUGUGCGCCCGCGGUAGUGCUAGCAGCAGUGGCAACGACAAGAAGUAAGGACGAUGGCGUACGCAAUUGACCUAGCGGCAGUGCGUGCCGCUCAUGAGCGCAUCCAGCACCUGGUGCACCGCACGGCCAUUGCCACUAACAACACGGUGAACCAGUCUACGGGCCUGGAGGUCUUCUUCAAGCCCGAGAACACGCAGCUGACGGGUGCCUUCAAGUUGCGUGGCGCUCUGAAUGCGAUACUGCAUCUCAAGGAGACCAAUCCGAACUGCAAAGGUGUGGUCACACAUAGCAGUGGUAAUCACGGUCAAGCAUUGUCCUAUGCUGCUGCACGUGCCAAGAUACCGUGCACUGUUGUCGUACCAGAGAACGCACCCAGUGUUAAAGUUAAAGGUAUCCGCAGUCACGGUGCCAAGGUUGUCUUAUGUGAGGCCACUGCUCAGGCACGGCAAGAGACAUGUGAUCGGCUGGCAGCACAGGAAAACCUGACAGCCAUUCCGUCCUACAAUUAUCCUGAUGUCAUGUCCGGGCAGGGUACGAUAUCGCUGGAGUUACUGGAUCAAGUACCAGACCUGGAUGCUAUCCUUGUAGCUAUCAGCGGUGGAGGCUUAGCAUCUGGUGUUCUCAUGGCCGCCAAGAGCAUCAAGCCCUCUAUAAAGGUUUUCAUUGUGGAACCGAAGGAGAAGAUGCUGGAGGAGUGCAUUAGAAGUGGCGAGCGUCUGUGGCCCAACCCGCCACGCUUGAUGAAUACAAUUGCUGAUGGUAUGCGUAUCCAGCAGCCAGGCAGUCUGACCUGGCCAAUCAUACGAGAUAUGGCCGAGAAGUCCACCGUUGCUCUGGAGGAUGAGGAAAUCAUUGCUGGAAUGAAGUUUGCUUUCGAAAACAUGAAGAUGGUGGUUGAACCCAGCGGUGCGUCGACAGUGGCUGCAGUGCUCAGCGACCGCUUCAAGGACCUCGCCAAGGAGCACGGUCUCAAGCGAGUGGCCGUCAUUAUCAGCGGUGGUAAUGUUGACUUGCACAACCUGCCGUGGUGACCUGCCUCAGCGGCAAGCCGGCAACCAUCCAUCACUCGAGUAAGCUGUUGAGGUGACCUGUGAGUAUACUGUGGUUACAGGCAUGGUUGUGGAGUAUGUUUAAGGAUCAGGUGCUGCGCAGCGGGUGUACACCCUUCAUGCUCUUCACUGUAUACGUCCACAAUUCGACAAAGUGAUGAACUACCCCUACGUUGUUGUAGCAAUAGGCGUUGCAGGCCUUUAACAUUGGCAGCUUAGUCUAGUUUAGAUAGGCGAUAUACAGUGACCUAGUGCAUUGCUCACUGUUCACCCCAGUGUGGCUGGACUAUUGGCAAAGCUUUCGGCAAUUUGUUUCCCUCGCUUUCAUCUGUUAAAAACAAGCGAGGCAAUAGCCAAACACAUCCUUUCGAUUAGGGCGUGUUAUUUAACAAAUUCACGUGCGCUCUAGUCGAGUGCACUAGAGUGACUUCAUAUACUGAAGUAUGUUUUUAUCAGUUGGAAUUUCUAUUUAGUCACCCUCUACCUUUUGAUCUAUAUUUGCGAUGUUCGAUUUGGAACUAGUUUUGAACGCUUGAUGUGUGUUAGGUUCAAGUUUUCUUUUGAUUUCAUUCACACACUCAGUCAUACACAUUUUUAGCCAUUGGCUAAAUACGUGACGCGAAUUUUUUGUUUUGUUAGGUAUCUUUCGAGGCUUUGAGGUCUUUUUAAAGACCUUUGAAGGUAAAUGUUGAAAGAAAACCCGUUUGAAAUGUC